UCUGGUCACACUGUGGUAUAGUCAUCAACGAAAAAAAUACACAUAAAAUUGGCCAAGGAAUAGAUAAAAUUCUUUAGGCCAAGUUAAUACACAAGAAAACGAAAACCAAAUAUAUAAACUCUUAGUGUGUUCAUUAUAUAGUUGCCUUUGCUCCCGUGACCAAUAAUUCGCAGUGAAAAUGGCCUUGAAAGUGCUUGUGGGCCAAAAGCUAAUGAAUGAGGUGGUGAAGUAUAAGCCUCCAGCCCCCAAAAAGCAGGGCGUUACGUCCGCUGCGGGGGCGGGUGGUAUGGAAUGGAGGGUGCUGGUGGUUGACAAACUGGGUAUGCGCAUGGUAUCUGCGUGCACCAAGAUGCACGAGAUCAGCGCCGAGGGAAUCACUCUGGUGGAGGAUAUCAAUAAAAAGCGAGAGCCUUUGCCUACGAUGGACGCUAUUUAUUUGAUAACUCCAUCGGAUGAGUCAGUGCGGGGGUUGAUUCGAGACUUCGAAAACCCCGCAAGGCCCAUGUACCGCUAUGCCCAUGUUUUCUUCACAGAGGUUUGCCCCGAGGAAUUGUUCAACGAUCUAUGCAAAUCAUGUGCUGCCGGGAAGAUUAAGACCCUUAAGGAGAUCAACAUUGCAUUUUUGCCCUAUGAAUGCCAGGUAUUUUCACUGGACUCGCCGGACACUUUUCAGUGUCUCUACUCCCCGGCUUUUGCUUCCAUAAGGAGCAAGCACAUCGAACGGAUUGCUGAACAAAUAGCUACUUUGUGUGCUACUCUGGGAGAAUACCCAAAUGUACGUUACCGCAGCGAUUGGGACAGAAACAUUGACCUGGCUGCUUCGGUGCAGCAAAAACUGGAUGCCUACAAGGCCGACGAUGCCACCAUGGGCGAGGGUCCAGAGAAGGCCCGAUCCCAGCUGCUGAUUCUAGAUCGUGGAUUCGACUGUGUGUCUCCACUUCUGCACGAGCUCACUCUCCAGGCCAUGGCCUAUGAUUUGCUACCCAUCGUAAACGAUGUCUAUCGCUAUACACCCGGACCAAACCAACCGGAUAAGGAGGUACUACUCGACGAAAACGACGACUUGUGGGUGGAGCUGCGUCACGAGCAUAUCGCUGUUGUCUCCACCCAGGUGACUCAGAACCUGAAGAAGUUCACCGACUCGAAGCGCAUGGGUUCGGCCGACAAGUCCUCGAUGCGCGAUCUUUCGCAGAUGAUCAAGAAGAUGCCACAGUAUCAAAAGGAGCUGUCCAAGUACUCCACCCACUUGCAUUUGGCCGAAGACUGCAUGAAGUCCUACCAAAACUAUGUGGAUAAACUGUGCCGUGUAGAGCAAGAUCUGGCCAUGGGCACAGAUGCCGAAGGCGAGAAGAUCAAGGAUCAUAUGCGCAAUAUUGUGCCUAUUUUGCUGGAUGCCAAUGUCUCGAACUACGAUAAAGUUCGCAUUAUUGCUCUUUAUGUGAUGAUUAAGAAUGGAAUUUCCGAGGAGAAUCUAACCAAACUGUUUACUCAUGCCCAGCUGUCGCCCAAGGAUCAGGAUAUGGUGCGUAAUCUUAGUUGCUUGGGCAUCAAUGUCAUUGCAGAUUCGCGUAAAAAGGUGUACUCCGUGCCGCGCAAGGAGCGCACCACCGAAAGCACCUACCAGAUGUCUCGCUGGACUCCGGUGAUAAAGGACAUCAUGGAGGAUUGCAUAGAGGAUAAGCUCGAUCUCCGCCACUUCCCUUUUCUCGAGGGAAGGGCCCAGAAUACCAAUUAUCAUGCCCCGACCAGUGCCCGCUAUGGCCACUGGCACAAGGACAAGGGUCAGGCGCAGGUUAAGAACGUGCCCAGGCUCAUUGUCUUCAUCGUGGGCGGCGUCAGUAUGUCCGAGAUGCGGUGCGCCUACGAGGUAACUAAUGCAGUUCGCAACUGGGAGGUCCUGGUCGGCUCUUCACACAUCCUGUCGCCCGAGAUCUUCCUCAGCGACUUGGGUAGUCUCUCGAAGGAGGACUAAAUACUUAUUGGAUCAUAUUCUUGUUAAAGAUUUUGUCACAUUUAACGUGUUUAAAAAUAGUUUGUUAUUCCUUACCGAAGGUUCAAAAUGAUUCCUUAAGAAAUUAUUAUACUAAUUACAUAUUGCAAUAUAAACAUAAAAUACAAAACAUAAAUUAUAUACGCAUUACAUAAUAUAUUAAAAUUAUAUAGUAUUUUAUUCUUAGCCGAAUAUAAAUAAAUAUUAACUUCAAUAAUACGAGUAGUAUUAUUUCAAUUAAGCCCCUAUACUGGCUCUUAUACUGUAGUAUGAAAAUUAGAAAACAAAACAGGACACGGAUUUCACAGCACCAUAAAAUAUUCACAUCGGAUUGCUACAAAUUAAAUGUAUUUCCGAACUUAGUCAAAUUUUAAAAACAUUUGUGGAUGAGCCUGUGUAAGAUUAUACGCAUAUUCGGCAAAAUGACAUCAGAAAAUAUUUAAAUGUUAAUAUUAAAGAUAAUACAUUGAACCAAAUUGUCUAAAAAUCCCAUUUACUUUUCAAAAACUUAUGAUAAUUUGAAAUUGUUUCAAUAGUCGUAUAUAAUUCGAACUAUAUAUUAAAAUACAAGUUCAAAUUUUUGGCACCUGAUGCAUCUAAAUGUAUUGUAAUUUCUUCAAUACCCAAUAAAGCUUACCAAAAACUAA